ACCACGUAGCGUUGCCAAACAAUGGGCAGGAAAAAGCCACGUUGACGAGCUAGGCUGAAGUCUAAGGGUUUUUGUCGUUGGGAAAAGAUUUUUUUCUCCAAACACGAAGGUUGUUUUUUUAUUUUAUUUUGACAUUUUUUUUGAGAUUGGUCAUGUCAUCGCCACCGAAGGAGAAACACGAAACCAGAGCUGGACAUCCCCCUGCAGUGAAGGCAGGAGGGAUGAGGAUAGUCCAGAAGCACCAGUCUACCGGAGACUCCACAUCAGACAGGAAGGAAGACAAGGACAGUAAAGAGUUUGAGAGCUGCAGCCCACCGAAGUUGCCAGUGGUGGUGUCUGGAGUGGUGACUAAGGGUGAUAAGGACUUCACCCCAGCUGCAGCUCAGGUGGCUCACACGAAGCCCCAGCCCUCGGUGCAGAAGCUGCCGCCGUCCCACCACAUCAACCAGCACAUCCACCAGCCCCGCAAGUGAACCUCUGCCUUCCUUCAGUGCACAAGGACCACACCGCAACCUCCAGCCCAUUCUCCGUCUAAUCCCUUCACAAUCCCAGCCCAUUCCCAACCAAUCCCAAAAAAAUCCCCAUUGAUUCCCAUCUGAUUCCCAGCCAGUCUCUAACUGAUUCUGAGUCUGAGUCAUUUCUGUCAGUUCUCCUUUGAAUCCCAAUCCAUUUUCCACAACUGUUUUCCCACCCAUUCCGAUCUGAUUCACAUGCAAUUCCCAAACAAUCUUUAACCAGCACCUUAACCAGAUUCCCAAACAACUUGCAACUAAUCACCAACCAGCCCAUUCAUGACCAUUCCUCUAACCAGUUCACAAACAAUUUCCAUCUGAUUCCCAACCAAUUCCCAGCAGAUUCCCAAGUAAUUCCCAGCUGGUUCUGAGCUGGUUCCUGAAUGGUUUCUGACACAUUUCCCCAAUCUCAACGGUUUCUGACAAAUUUCCCCCAGUUCACAACCAGUCCUUUAAUUACCGCUGACCAGUUUACACUUAAUUCCCAAAUAAUUCCUUACUAAUUCCCAAGUCAGUGCUCAGGUUCAUCAGGGGAUUCCCAGCAUUCCUCACGGCCUCUUUCUGUCUGUGCCUGCCAGUAUUCUGCCUUGAACCACAUCCUGAGAACCUGUUCUCUCUCUCACACACAAACACACACACCCACACCCACACCCCGGCCGGUUCUGUUCUCUCGUUCCCUGUAAAAUCUCACACUAAGCCCGAGAGCUCGGUCCCUGACGGAUCUGUAGCUCUACUGAUUAAAAGGUUCAUUGAUUUUUUUUUUGUCUUUAUUUUAGACCAAUUUCUUUGCUGGAAUGAUGUAAAGUGUGUAAAUGGGUUUGUGUAAGAGGAUGAUUGUGAUGUUAGACAUUAGGUGUGGCUGUCUGAAUAAAGAGUUAAUAUAAAAUCA